AACACAACAAAAGAGAUAGAGAGAGAGAAGAGAGAAGAGAGAAGAGAGAGCAAAUUAAUUAAAACCAAAAAAAAAAAAAAACCCAAAAUUUCUGAAAAAAUUCGAAAUUCCGGAUCCACCGCCAUCGAUCCCUAGCUUUCUCUCUCUCCCUAUCUUCGCCGGAGAAGACACUAGGGUUUUCUCAAAUUACCCCUUUCCUUUGUCAAUUUGUUCUUAGUUGUGCAAUGAGGAAAGGAGCGAAGAGAAAGGGUGCUUCCAAAGCUGGUCGCAAAGGUGCUGCUGUCGCGGAGACUGUGCCCGCCGAUGAGGUGAUUGUUGAAUCUCAGGAGGAGGAGAUGACGACGACGCAGGAGGAGAGUCAGCAGCCUCAGGAAGAAGUCGUCAACGAGGAGAAGGAGAAUGGUGAAGCGGAGCCGGCGAAGGGGGAUGAAGAGGAAGAGCCGGCGAAACCUGAUUCGUUAAAGGAGGAGGAGGAGAAUCAGGAAGAAGAGGAUGAAGUCAAGGAGGAGGCUAAGGCGGAGAAGAAGCCUGUUGUUGCUCGUCGUGGUGGUAAGAGGAAGAGGGCUACGAAGAAGGAGACUGAGGUUAAGGAUGAGAAGAAACCUGCACCUGUAGCUAAGAAGCCUCGAGUUACCAAAGUAAAGCCAGAGCCUGAGUACUUCGAGGACAAGCGUAAUCUGGAGGAUUUGUGGAAGGUUGCAUUUCCAGUGGGAACUGAGUGGGAUCAAUUAGAUGCACUUUAUGAAUUCAAUUGGAAUUUCCAAAAUCUUGAGGAAGCAUUGGAGGAAGGAGGAAAGCUCUAUGGGAAGAAAGUCUUUGUCUUUGGCUGUACAGAACGUAAGCUGUUUUUUUCUUUCUUUCUUUUUGAGUUUUGGUUAUUACUGUCUUCUUAUCGAUUGGCAUGUUUAAAUCAUCUUUGGCACUUGUGGUUCUUUCUAGUUUGGUUAGAAAUUCAUCAGGUUGUGCAGUACGCUCUCUUCCUUUUCUUGAACAUUANCAGGUUGUAUGUGAAUUUGACUGGGAGUUUGACGAACUUCAGGUUCAAUUGUAUGCUGAAUCAUGAGAUGGCCUUUUGUCCUNAGAUUGUCCAUGUCCCAGCAGUUGUUGUUAUUGAAUCGCCCUUUCCGCCUUCUGAUAAGAUAGGAAUCACAUCUGUUCAGAGAGAAGUGGAGGAAAUCAUUCCAAUGAAGAAGAUGAAAAUGGACUGGCUGCCUUAUAUUCCGAUGGAAAAAAGAGAUAGACAAGUUGAUAAGAUGAACUCUCAAAUUUUCACCUUGGUCUGUACGCAGAGGAGAUCUGCUCUCAGACAUAUGAAGGAAGAUCAACUUAAGAAGUUUGAGUAUUGCCUUCCUUAUUUCUAUCAACCUUUUAAGGAAGAUGAACUUGAACAGAGUACUGAGGUCCAAAUAAUGUUCCCCUCUGAACCGCCUGUUGUAUGUGAAUUUGACUGGGAGUUUGACGAACUUCAGGAAUUUGUCGAUAAACUGGUUGAAGAAGAACAAUUACCAGCUGAACAGAAGGAUGAAUUCAAAGAAUAUGUCAAAGAGCAAGUUCGAGCAGCUAAGAAAGCAAACCGAGAGGCGAAAGAGGCUCGAAAGAAAGCCAUAGAAGAAAUGAGUGAAGACACCAAGCAAGCCUUUCAAAAGAUGAAGUUCUACAAAUUCUACCCUCAGCCUUCACCAGAUACACCAGACGUCUCUGGUGUCAAGUCGCCGUUCAUUAACCGGUACUAUGGAAAAGCUAAUGAAGUCCUUUGAAGUAAUCAAAUCUUUCAGAACUCAGAAUAGCUUUUCUUGGCAGCUUCAACAGUAUUGAAACUUAUCUAGUCACAGGUGCUCUCAGAAACUCUUUGAGCUAUUAUUAUAGGGAGUUAAAAAGUCAAGUUUGGGCGACAAAAAGUGUCUUUUGUUACAUUUAUGAGCUUGUAUUCUCUCCUCUAGAAAUACUUGAGAUCUUUAGAAGAGUCACGGGAACCAAAUUCUUUUUGCGGAAAAUUGGAGACAGCUUUCUUUAUAUUUCAAUUUCAACCCUUGAAGUUUUUUUCAUAUUUU